AUAAAUGAACUCAUCAUCAAGCAGUCAGCUGCUUCAGAAACUCCAAAUUCUAUAUUCAGGCAACAAAAAAACAAGUGAACACUCUGUCUCUCCACUUUAACCCCGACCUUUUGCGAGCAGAGAAAUUAACCAAUUGCUUGAGAAAUCAUCCCCUACUCCUUACUUGCAAGUUAAAAAGCACGAUGUUGAACAAUGGACAGAACGAUUGAUGAAGCCUACCGAAAAGGCAUCAUGCUCUUCAUUUACUCAAAACGAGAAUGUGUUUGACAUCCAUCUCCAGAAAUAUUCCUCAAUUUCCAGCAUUUCCUAAUAAACUUUCCCCGUCUUAUUAUAAAUUGAAAAGAAGGUGAAACUAUUGAAAUAUGCUAAAGAGAAUGAUCAUAAUACAUGUGCGGCUAUAAUUGCUAAAAUGAAGCUUUUCUGUUUAGAUAAUGCACAAACGUGUUAUGACUUUUAUAGAAGCACGGAUCUCAUAUUACUAAAGUAUAUGAUCUUUCUCUUAAUACAAGAACUAAAUUAAAGACCUGCUGCGGAGAAAUAAGAAAUUAGUAAUGAUUAAACAUCUUAAUUCUAAUCAAUGUUCAAAGAUAUCGUUAGUAUAGUGUAUGAAAUCAUAGAAGAAGUGAAAUAAAAGUCAUUCGCAGGUUCACAAAUAGACAAGUUGAAUAAACAUCUGGCUCAAAUUCAGAAUAAGUUUAAGCCUGAUCCGAAUAGUACACAAAAGUCAAUUAAUAAAUCCCAUCAUCAACGAUUUAGUAGCUGCAACUUUGAGAAUUGCAAAACCCCUAUUUCGCAUAAUAAGAGCAAUAAGGAAUCCAAUAUUAGCAGUGAUAAGUACAAAUCUAGUCAUCAGAAAUAACAAAUUAAUAUAUCUGGUUCUUAAAAAAUCAUUAGGUUCUAAAUAGAUGAAUUAGAGUAGAAAAAGUAACUAGUAAACAAACUAAAUGAAUAAAUUGCAUCUUUAUAGAAUACAAGCAAAUAAUAGCUAGUGUAGAUCUAAGAUUCAAAUUGCUAAAUUGCAUCAUUAAAGCAGGAACUAGAAUUAAAAUAACAAGAAGUAAAUAUAUGUGGGUUUAUUAUUUAGUUUGAAAAAUUAUUAUAAUCUACAGAAGCUCUCAAAUCAAAAGAACUAGACCAUCAAGAAGAGAAAGAAAAAUAUCAUACACUAUUUCAAGAAUAUGAAAAUGAAAAUAUUGAAUUGAAAUCGAAUUUGUAACAACUAGAGGUAUGACAUAAUAUAAAUUAUAUAAGAAUGCUUUAGAGGUGAGUUAGAACUAAUUUGAGAAUUACAAAUAGGAGACAUUCGCUUAUUACUAAGCAUAAUUCAUUUAGAUUCAACAAGCUAAAGAGAAAGAAAUUAAUCAUUUGAGAAACGAUCUAAAAGAAAACUAAGUGAAUAGUGUAAAUAGAAUUAUUUAUAUUAGAAUCAUUUGUUAGGGGAUGCUCUUUAUUUUGGCAAAUAAUACAAAAAUCUUGUGGAUAGAAUAGUAAAUUUAAAAUCUGAAUCUGUGGCUAAUGACUUGAUUUAAUUAUAAAAGGAGUUGUUCUAUUCAGAGAAUACUCUUAAUGCCAAAUUGAAUGCAAUUGCUAAUUUUUCGGAGAAUUUUUUAUAUAAUAAUGGAUAAGAAUCAAUGUCCCAAAGUUAAUCUACUAAUUAGACAGGAAGUUUAUAUGGUAUACCGAAAUCCAACAUGCAGUAAUAUAAUGUUAGCAAAAAAAAUUGUUCUUAGGAUUAUUUAAUAACAUAAAAAAAUCAAUUCGAAAUAAUGGAGAUGCUAUUGAUAUAGAGCUAGGUUUUAGAGAAAUUUUUAAUCUGA